AUGGUAAUUGUAAAUGUUCAACCAGACGAUGCCGGAGAUUAUUCAGUUGUUGCAAAAAAUCCACUUGGAGAGGUUGUCUCCACAGGCUCCUUAAGUGUCAUUCGACCUCGUGUUGUUGAAGGAGAAGAAGAGGAAGGACGUGGAGCUAUGCCAUUCCCACCUGGCUUUAUUAGACAACUCAAGAACAAACAUGUAUUCGUUAAAAUGCCUGCAAUAUUUGAUUGUCUUGUGGUUGGAUAUCCACCGCCGGAUGUUGAUUGGUAUCACAAUGGAAAAAAGAUAUGCCCCGGCCCUCGUCACAAGAUCCAGGUUGCUGGUGGUGGUUCGCAUGCCCUUCUAAUACAAGAUGUUUGUACUGAAGAUGCGGGUGAAUAUGUCGCUAUUGCGCGUAACUGUCAUGGACAGGCACAAAGUUCUGCCAUUUUGGAUGUAACAGUUCCAUUCAUGGACAAGAUUAAAUUUGACGGUUCUGAAGACGUUACACCAUAUUUAACGGUCCGCUGGAAUAGCAAUGUUUACUAA